CAUCGAUGCUUCACCUAUGUACUACGUAGUAGGCAAUCUUCAAUUCACCCUCUUCAGCCUUGCUUCUCCUUCUUACAAACCUUGUUCACCACCAAUUUUAUUUCUUCAAUUCUAAGAUUACCUAGAUAGCUAGUUAAUCUGGUGAAACAUUACUCCUACUCUUUGUGGGCAUACCCAAGCAUCAUUGCAACUCGACUUUCACUCUCUAUCUUGACUUAUCUAUUCGGUCGCUUGAACGCCUACCUAGGCAGGCAAUCGGAUAAGAACCCUCGUACAUCGAUUUACCUGGAGUAUUUGAAUAACAUUAUUGCCAUUCUUGCACACUAUGAUAACAUAGCCUGCGACCCUGAGACGAAGGCGUAAUCAUGGAACCCAACGUUCAACGCCUUCUCAACGAUAAGCUAUACGAUAAGAGAAAGACCGGCGCUCUUGAACUAGAACGCUCUAUUCGAGAGCUGGUAGCUGUCAAGGACUACAAGAGGGUCUCGGACAUUCUCGAUCAAUUGUGCAAUGACUACGCCUAUGCUGUUCAUCAGCCCCACGCUCGUAACGGAGGGUUGAUAGGUCUGGCCGCUGCUGCUAUUGCCCUCGGUCCUGAACUCCCAAGAUAUCUCGAGGUCAUAGUGCCCCCUGUUCUGGCGUGCUUCACGGACCAAGAUGCACGCGUCAGAUAUUACGCCUGCGAGUCUAUGUACAAUAUUGCAAAAGUUGCUAAGGGAGAAAUCCUAAAAUAUUUUAACCACAUAUUCGAUGCUCUGUGCAAGCUAGGCGCAGACUCGGAACUUUCCGUCAAGAAUGGCGCUGAACUUCUCGAUCGCCUGAUCAAGGAUAUCGUAUCUGAAUCCGCGGCUACAUAUGUGUCCGUUCUGGAGACUGACCCGCCCCCGCCUUAUGAGGCGAAAGACUCCGAUCAAGACUCUUCCCCAAACCCGAAUUCAAAUCCAAGUCCACCAACAGCAUUUUCUCUCCCGGACUUCAUCCCUCUCCUAAAGGAGCGAAUAUGGGUUAUGAACCCAUUCACCAGGACUUUCCUCGUCGGGUGGAUUACACUACUGGAUUCGAUUCCAGAUCUCGAACUGGUCACGUACCUCCCUGAAUUCCUAGCAGGUUUGCUGAAGUUCCUUAGUGGUAAUAAUGCUGAUGUCCAUUCUGCCACUUCAACCUGUUUAGACAAAUUCCUGAACGAGAUUAAGCGGAUCGCCAGGGUAAAAAAGGGAAUCGCCGAGAGUAAGAAGUCGAAGGGGGACGGUAAAAGGAAGCGAGAGGACUCCGUCGAUAGCGGCAGUAUGCGCUUGGCGCCGGACGAUGCCGAGGAAGCAGGAUCUACGACCGCCAACGAAGACGAGGAUGAGGUAAGCAGCGAAGACGACUGGAUUCCAGGGCAGGAUGUACAGAUCAACUACAAGGCAAUCCUCGAAAUCCUGACCGCGACACUCGAUUCUCCCCUGGAGGAGGAUAGCCUUCUGGAGAGUUUGCGUUGGAUAGUAUCGUUUCUAGACAUCUGCCCCGAAGAAGUCUUACCAUUCACCCCCAAAAUCCUGGCCCACCUUCUGCCAGCAAUGGCCAGCGGAGUUGAACCGAUUCGUCAAGCUGCGGCAAGAGUGAACACAUCGCUGAUGGACUAUGUCGUCUCUCUUACGGAUGAAUCUGAAGCGCCGUCCGGACAGCCAUCGACACGACCCCCGCCAUCUACAGCUGACCGCCCGGAGGGUGCGUCCAGUACACGUGCCUCUCUCUCGAGUGGCCGUGAGAUGGAUAUGCGUAGUCCCACGCCAGCUCAAAACAGUGGAGUACCCACCCCGGCGGAGUCGAUCCAGCGUCAGCCUGAUUUAGAUUAUGCUGCCGCAGUCACUUCUCUCACUCUGCUAUUCCUGAAUGACCAUGAAGCUACUCGUGUCGCCGCCUUGACGUGGCUUAUCAUGUUGCACCGCAAAGCACCAAGGAAGAUAGUUGCGUUCAACGACGGGACAUUCCCUGCUCUCCUCAAAACGCUCUCAGACCCCGCAGAAGCCGUAGUUACUAAAGACCUACAGUUAUUAUCCCAGAUCUCAAGAAACAGCGAGGAUGACUACUUCUCUAACUUCAUGGUCAGCCUUCUGCAACUCUUCUCUACAGACAGGAAGCUACUGGAGACGCGAGGCAAUCUGAUCAUUCGCCAACUGUGCAUGACGUUGAGCCCCGAGAGGAUAUAUCGGACUUUAGCUGAGACGAUUGAGAAAGAGGAGGAUGUUGAAUUCGCGAGCAUAAUGGUGCAAAAUCUCAACAAUAAUCUCAUCACCGCCCCAGAGUUAGCCGACCUGAGGAAACGGUUACGGAACUUAGAGACAAAGGAUGGCCAGGCGUUUUUCGUUGCUCUGUUCCGAUCCUGGUGUUACAAUGCUGUUGCAACUUUCUCCUUGUGUCUACUCGCGCAAGCGUAUGAGGCAGCAUACAACCUUCUACAGAUAUUUGCGGAGCUUGAGAUGACAGUGAACAUUCUCAUCCAAAUCGACAAGCUUGUCCAGCUAAUCGAGUCCCCUGUCUUUACAUAUCUUCGUCUUCAGCUUCUUGAGCCCGAGAAGUAUCCAUAUCUCUACAAAUGCCUGUAUGGACUUUUGAUGCUUUUGCCGCAGUCUUCUGCUUUUGCAGCCCUCAAGAACAGAUUGAAUAGUGUAAGCUCGAUAGGCUACCUGCAAAUCGGGCCUAGACCUUCUGCCACUACACCUAGCGCGUCAAGUUACGACCGACCAAACAGACUAGGCAAGGGCCGUGAAGACAAUAUAAUUCGAUGGGAGCAGCUUCUCGACAAGUUUAGGACGGUGCAAGAUAGAGCAAGACGGGCGCAGAGGAUGAUGGAAGGUGGUCUCGACGACGGACCAGCCUUUAGUGGGAUUCGCAUUACGGAGAAGGAGCCGCCACGACCCGCCGCCGGCCCAACCGUACCGCCGAAGGAUUCGACUCCUGCCGCAGCGCCGCCGAAACGCUCGGGACUGACAAGGCAAUUUGGUAGACUCGGUGCGUCAGUCUCGGGCAGAGGGAAGCGGUCGCAACAACAAUAGCCUUGCAGUUCGUCAUAGGGGUCCAGAUCGCCAGAGUAGACGUUGCGGCAAAAUUUCUACACUAAAUUAGAAUCAUCCACGGUGAAACCGAUACACCAUAGAGGGUCUUGAGCGGUUAGAUUAAGUUCUGUACGAGUACUGUUAAUCAACGUAGCGGCAACAUCUAUAGUGUAAAGAAACUUAAUAUUA